AUCUUAAGUAGGGGUUUGGAUGCUGCGCGCGACCGGGCGUCAGUAUCUGCAUCUCUCUCAUCAGCACCGCACACACUCACACACAUACACACACAUACAGCCUCUCAUCUCUCCGCACCACCUGCCCUCCUCAACAACCCGAUUUCAACCUGUCUCUGAACCUUAAAACAGCGUGAAAGUGAAACAUUUAGGCUGGUGAGAAGUAAAAUCAUCCAGUAAAGAUGGUUAAAUUAGGGAGUAAUCUACAAGACAAAGGAGCAAAAGCUGUGAGCGUUGAGGACGGCUUUCAAAACGUCCCCCUCAUCACGCCCUUGGAUGUUACUAAUCUUCAGUAUCAAGCCCCAGACAAGGUUGUGGUGAAAACACGGACUGAGUACCAGACGGAGCAGAAGAACAAGGGCAAGCCGAAAGUCCCGAAAGUUGAGGAGUUCACCAUCAACUUCACCGAUGGGGUUUCUGAGAGACUGAAGGUCACCAUCCUUAUUAUUCUGGCUUUGGCUUUUUUGGCCUGCAUAGUGUUCCUGGUGGUGUACAAAGCUUUCACCUAUGAUCACAGCUGUCCUGAUGGCUUCGUCUAUAAGCACAAACGUUGUAUCCCCGCGUCACUGGAGGCCUACUACGCUGCCCAGGAUGCCAACAGCCGCGGUCGCUUCUACACCGUCAUCAGCCACUACAGCAUGGCCAAACAGACCACCUCUCGCUCGGUUUCCCCCUGGAUCCCUGGUGGCAAUGCUCAGCACGAUGUCAAGCCUCCCAACACAGACAGCCAAUGAGAUUUGCCGUGCUGAUUUUUAAAGGAAUAUCAUCACAGUCACUUACUGUACAUCUUGCGAUUCCCCCAAUCCCUUAUAUUUUCAGUGGUUCAUUUGUCUCCGCUAUCUACAAUGUCUGAGUUUUUAAUAGUAGUUGAUCUUAGGUUUAUUUUUUGUUUCAUUGUUUACUGUACAUUUUUUGUAUUUAGUGUUCAACUAUUGUUUGUAUAAAGGCAUGACUGCAAUCUUGUCAAAAUGGUUUCCACACACUGUGUCUGUGAGUGUCAAUGAACCAUUAUGUAAGCACCCAACCUGAUCUCACGGGAAUUUGUACGUAUUUUACAAAUGGACUAAUUUGUGUGAAGUGAAUUGUACAAAAACAUAAGAUUAUUAGAAGAAGAAAAAAACUAAUUUUCAUAGAGAUGAAAGCAGAUUGUAGGCGUUGUAAAAUACAUAAGAAUUGCCAUGAGAUUUGGUUUGGAAUACUACCCAUAAUUCCCUCUUGUAGUUAGGUGAUGACAACAUCAUCUCAUGAGGCAUGAAAAACAAAGAGAGUUUUGUGCAUUUUUUUUUUCAAACGCUCUUAUAAUCGAAAAUGAAAACAAAACCCACUUGUUAGAUUCAUUUUAGAUUCACGUUAUUGAUGUAGGCUAAAAGUAGACUGGCAAAAGAACACAUUGUAAUGUACAGAAUGAUAUAUGGUUCCUACUUUGAACCUCAAUGUAAAUAAUCAAUGAGAGCCAUUACCCAUGAUGUGUAUCUCUGUCAGACACAACCUUAUGUUAUCAGAGUUUCUCAAUGGAUGAGCAGAGAUGUUUAGAGCUUUGCGACUUGCUUUAGCUGGUGUCUAUGCUUGCAUUUAACCGAGGACUAAAAAACCCGAGGCAUUGAGAUGCAUUAGUGAAGCGUCUCAUCUUGAAUUCCUGCCAAAGCUUCAUUUUCUGCUAUGUUUGGUCACAGGUCUGCUGUUUUUCCAUUUUUAUAUUUGUUGUGAGAAAAAAAUGGAUUUUUCAAAUCUUGUGCCGUUGUUAGUUGAGAUGUAGCGAAGCCUUGAGUAUUUUCGACUGUAUAUCCUUUAGGUUCAAAACAAUAAAGAUAUACAAGGUGUUCAA